AUGACAGUGAAGAAGAAGAAGGGCGCCACAACUGUCGAUUUUGAUCCACCCAUCUACAAGCGGCAAGAAGUUGUGUACUCUGUUAUCAAAUUUUUUGUAGGUCGUAAGAUGAUGGUGGCAGUGAUGUUGGGCUGUGAUGAUGAAGGUGUGUGGGUGGUGAGAUCUGAGAAGAUGAUAACAUGCUUGAUUCCUCUUCCUUCAUCAGAUCUGCAGGUGAUGUCAUAA